AUGAGAAACAGAGAUAUUCUACUGCCUUUGCUCAACGGAUCCGAGACCUGUAAGACACCGUCAUGCGUCAAGGCAGCUGCCGACAUCCUAUCAUUUACAGAUGAGACUGUGGAUCCUUGUGAUGAUUUCUAUAAAUUCUCCUGCGGUAGUUGGAUAAAGAGACAGGACCAUGAUGGCCAACAGGCUCUUAAAAGUCUUGGUAACGUGACUAAGCACAUACUGAGAGUUAUCUUAGAAAGGAAGCUAGAUGGAGACCAAUGUGAUUUCAUUCGUCAGAUGAAGACAUUUUACGACUCCUGUACAAAUGAAAAGAGCAUUAAGGAAACAGGCAUAAAAUCGCUAAUGGAAAUUCUGGAGGAACUCGGUGGUUGGCCAGUAAUCGAAGGCGAAAACUGGAAUUCCAGUUUCUUCAACUGGAUUGACGUACGUAGUCGACUACCUGAGGUGGAUGCGAAAGAUAAUCUCCUGACGUUAUCUGUUGUUGCGGAUCCUAGAAACAAUUCGUUUCAAAUCUUACAGAUGAACAAAAUGCCAUGGUGGGAACUCGAAAAUGGUUUUUUGAACAAUGGCCCAGACCAUUACGAAACAGUUAAGUACUUCAAAUUAAUGACAGAAACUGCCAAAGCUCUUGGUGCAAAUGAACAUACUUCGAAGAAUGAACUCAAGGAAGUUCUCGAUUUCGAAAUCAGGCUCAUUAAUAUUACUUUAGAACAUUGGAAAGAAGAGAAUGAUACGUAUUGCACCAUCCAGGAACUUAAGGAUAAAAUACCGCAGUUUGAUUGGAUGAAAUUUUUCAAACCUGUAUGGAAUAACGAAAUCCUUGAAAAUGAAACCGUGCUCAUUAGUGAUGAGGAUUACAUCAUGAACGUUGGCAGUUUGAUCGCAAAUGCAAAGAAAAGGGUGCUGGCCAACUACAUGAUAUGGAAAUUUGUGGAAAAAUCUUUUCCCAUGUUGGGUCUGGACUGGACGCCUCGUCGAGAAAAAUGCUUCGACUAUGUUUAUGACAAAUUCUCAAUAAUACUUGAUUCCAUCUACAUAAGACAAUACCUUCCAGAGGACAUGAAGAAAGCUGUUCUAGUGAUAGCUACUUACAUGGAAAAGGAAUAUAUAAAUAGGAUAUAUGAAACUGACUGGAUAGAUGAGGAAUCCAGCACAUACUCUGUGAAGAAGGUUAAUGGCACGAAGUUGCGAAUUGGUUUCCCGAAGCAAUUUUUGAAUGAUACAUUUUUAUCGGAUAUGUACAGUAAAGUGACGUAUAAUAAUGAAAAUUUCUUUAAUAACAAUCUAAAGAGAAAGAAGUGGAGAAAAACCGUGUUUCAGGAAUGGAUUAACAAAACCUUUAGUCAACGGGAAGCUGGUUCAGAAGAAAUAUGGAAACCGUACUACCAUGCAAUCACCUCAAGUGCCAGUAUUGACCUGGUGAUGAACAUAGUUGACAUUAGUGCUUCAGCAUUGCAGGACUACAUGUUCAACAAGGAUCGACCAAAAUACUUGAAUUUUGGAACUAUAGGUUUUAUUUAUGGACAUGAACUUAUGCAUGCAUUCGAUGGUCGAAUAGUGCAGUAUUCAUCAGAGUAUGAGGGUAGAGAAGUGGAAAACCGCUGGAGCAACGAAACGAACAAACAUUUCAAAACUAAAACCGGGUGUUUCUUGGAGCAAUACGCUAAGUAUACUGUUCGUAAUGGAAUGAAGGUGAAUGCUACUAAAACGCAUUUCGACAAUAAAGCUGAUAACCUUGGUUAUGAACUUGCUUAUCUGGCUUAUCAAUCUUGGGUUAAAGAUAAUGGAAGGGAACCAAUGCUGCCAGGACUGAAAUAUACACAAAAUCAGUUAUUCUGGAUAAGUGCAGCUAGUGUGAUGUGCACAAAAAUGUCACUAGAUUCUGAGGUAAAAGCAUUAAAAGCUGUGCACAGUCUACCACAAUUUAGAGUGAUAGGAUCAAUGUCUAACAUUCCAGAGUUUUCAAAAGACUUCAACUGCCCACCAGAUUCAGCUAUGAAUCCAAGAAAAAAAUGCCGAGUUUGGAGACAUAACUAAACAAAUCCCUAUUUCAGGAUAUAGGUGCUGUUCUGUUAUCGAGACAGGAGUCAUUGCCAAAUUCUCUGCUAAAUUCGCCAAAAGAUUGAUUUAUGUCACCAGUGUGUAUUUUAAAAAUUGUUACAAUGUUUACAUUUUAAGAAAGUAAAAGAAUGCAUUAUAAAAUUGGCAACGAGAAUACAAAUUCUAAAGAUGUAAGGGUCAUUUUUGUCUUUAAUAUUCUUGUAUUCGCCGUGGACUUGACAAUUUGGAACUUAUCUAAUGAUGAAACAUCUUUCAUGAAAGAGGAAUAAAAUAAGUAUAAUUUUAUCGACCCCGAUACUAGUUAUUAUACUCAAACUUUUGAAAUGUUUAUAGGACACUGCGAAACAGACUUCAGCGCGGCACUGAACGUAACCAAUUAGAUUCUUAGUUUAGUUAAAGGGCGGCAGCAGCGUACUCAAACGCAAAUCCUUUCAGACAUUUUAAAUCAUAUUCGUAGUUUAAUGCCUUCGCAUUAAUCUUAAUUCACUAAAUUCUAUAAUCGACUUUUUUAUAAUAUUUUUGGUAAGUUGCAUAAUUUACAUUAAAAUAUUUUUAUUGUACGAAUAUCUGUUAUGUUAUUUCCUUCCUUGAAUUUUUCUUCAGCUAAACCGUGUCGCAAAUAUUUUGGUAAUUAUUUCUAUUCUUCGAAUUUUUCGCCAGACCGUUAGCUUUUGGAUACAUCUGAAUCCGAUUCCGAUAACAGAACAGUACCCAAAAAUAUGUUAUUAAUAAUCUGGCAAUAUUAGUUUACCGUUACUAUUCAUGUACCUGAAUUCGAGUAUUGCAUAAAAAUGUUUAAAUAAUAGAAAGUCUAUGAAGAUUUUUUUUUGGUUAAAUAAAAUAUUGAAACUGUU